CGAACUAUUCAGACUCUCCCUCAACAAACCUCUUUCUCCUCAAGUCGCCCAGCAUUCGUUCGAUCGCUGGGGACAGGUUCUAUCAUCAUGCAAUUUGCACUACCUCCACGGAGGGUUCCUAUCACCCCUGUGUACGGACGAUCCUCGCGAUUCUCGCUACAGCGCAGGAAACAGCUCAAGGCCAUCGCCAUUCUAGCCGUUGCGCUCCUUACGAUAUUCUUCCUUCUCUCCCAAUUCUUCUACACUAGUACUGGAACUCCAGCAGUGUCCGCCAGCAUCUCGGGCGUUGUCAUUGUCACGGUGCUGGACCGAGUGCGUUUUACCGAUGAGUACAUCGAGAAGAUUGUCAAGAAUCGAGAAGACUAUGCGAAGCGUCAUGGCUACACCAACUUUUUCGCCAAUGUGACCGACUACGAGUCGUCGAUCGGCGACUCGCCGCAGAGCUGGGCCAUUAUCCCCGCCGUGCGGCACGCGAUGACCUCCCACCCAUACUCGCAGUACUUCUUUCACCUCGACGCACACGCCCUGAUCAUGAACCCGAGUAAAUCGCUGGGGUCGCAUGUACUGGACAAGCAGCGGCUUGAAUCAUUGAUGCUCAGGGAGGUCUCCGUGGUGCCGCCCGACAGCAUCAUCAAGACCUUCUCGCAUGUUCACCCGGAAGACGUCGACUUGAUCAUCACCACCGACAACGAAGAUAUGAACCCCGGGAGCUUCAUACUCCGGCAGGGCGACUUCGCCAAGUUUUUCCUGGACUUGUGGUUUGAUCCAUUGUAUCGGAGUUAUAACUUCGCGAAAGCGGAGACACAUGUGCUGGAUCACAUCGUCCAAUGGCAUCCGACCAUCCUAGCCCGGUUGGCGCUUCUGCCUCAGCAAACCAUCAAUGCCUACAGCAAGGAUUGUUCGGCGGCGGCAGCGAACGGCAUAUACAAGGACGGCGAUUUUGUCAUCCGAUUCCUUGGCUGUGACACCGAUACGAAGCGGAACUGUGAGAAAGAGAUGGAGCCUUACUAUCGGCUUUGGCAGACGAAACUGAAGGCUGAGUGAUUAAAUUUGGGGGGCUGGCUCUUUAUUUCCACUUGCUGAUUUCCGGAGUUGUGUGACUGUGGUUUGGGGGCCGGAGUACGAAAUUAUGUUUCUUGUUUUCUGUUUUUGAGGAGUUUGAGUAUGCAACACAUAGAGCGAGCGCGUGUAUCAUU